AAAAAAAAGCAAAGAAAAAAAUAAGCAAGGAAUCUAAAACCAUCUCUUCAUCCUCUUAAACAAAAACCCAGCUGCUCUGCUGAUUCAAUCGCUUCCCGCCGAUCUCUUUGGUAUUUUCCGAUUCGUUCAUUUCCGGUCUCAAUUCAAUUCGUCGUUUCAAUUUCUUCUCUCUUUCAUGAUCUCAACCUGAUCGAUUUACACUUACGGAUUGAUUACCAGAUGGUCCACGUUUGCGAAUCUUCGAAUUGAGCAGCAGAGUUGAGAAAGAUGUUGAGAUUCCAAGUGGGCGGGAAGGUGGUCGAGAGAGUUGACUUGUUGAGGAAGGAACACUGGACAUGGCGGUUGGAUCUGUGGCCAUUCGCCAUUCUUUAUGUGGCCUGGCUUGCUGUCGUGGUUCCUAGUAUAGACUUUGGGGAUGCUGUCAUUGUUUUAGGUGGACUGGCGGCUCUUCAUGUUUUGGUCUUGCUUUUCACUGCUUGGUCGGUUGAUUUCAAAUGUUUUGUUCAGUACAGUCAGGUUAAUGAUAUUUACCAUGCUGAUAAAUGCAAGAUAGUUCCUGCAAAAUUUUCAGGCUCGAAAGAAAUUGUUCAGCUUCAUUUUCGUAAGAUUCUGGCAGGUUCUGCAUCUGCAGUGGAUACUGAGGAGAUCUACUUUGAUUUCAGAAAACAAAGAUUUAUUUAUUCGAAGGAGAAGGAGACUUUCUGCAAGCUUCCUUACCCAACAAAAGAAACUGUUGGUUAUUAUCUAAAGAACACCGGCUAUGGCUCUGAGCCUAAAGUUGUAGCUGCUGUUGAAAAAUGGGGACGCAAUAUAUUUGAGUAUCCACAGCCUACGUUCGUGAAAUUAAUGAAAGAGCAGUGUAUGGAACCAUUUUUUGUGUUUCAGGUUUUUUGUGUGGGGCUAUGGUGUUUGGAUGAGUAUUGGUAUUACAGCCUGUUUACUCUGUUUAUGCUGUUUAUGUUUGAGUCAACAAUGGCAAAAAGUCGGUUAAAGACCUUAAGUGAGUUAAGGCGUGUUAGAGUGGAUACUCAGACCUUAAUGGUGCAUCGUUGUGGAAAGUGGGUGAAGCUACCUGGAACUGAGCUUUUGCCAGGAGAUGUUGUCUCUGUUGGACGUGAUUCUGGUCGGAGUGGUGAAGAUAAGUCUGUACCUGCUGAUAUGCUUAUCUUGGCUGGAAGUGCUAUUGUUAAUGAAGCCAUUCUUACUGGGGAGUCUACACCACAAUGGAAGGUUUCAAUAUCUGGGAGAGGAAUUGAGGAGAAGUUAUCAGCUAAAAGAGACAAAAGUCAUAUGUUAUUUGGUGGGACCAAAAUAUUGCAGCAUACUCCAGAUAAGACCUUUCCUCUUAGAACCCCUGAUGGUGGCUGCCUAGCAGUUGUUUUGAGGACUGGGUUCGAAACAAGUCAAGGGAAACUAAUGCGCACAAUUUUAUUUUCUACAGAGAGGGUUACAGCUAACAGUUGGGAAAGUGGCCUAUUUAUUAUGUUCUUAGUUGUAUUUGCCGUUAUAGCUGCUGGUUACGUACUUGUAAAGGGAUUGGAAGAUCCCACGAGAAGCAAGUACAAGCUUUUCCUUAGUUGCUCACUUAUAAUCACUUCUGUAAUUCCUCCUGAACUACCAAUGGAACUGUCAAUAGCCGUUAAUACAUCAUUAAUUGCUCUGGCGCGUCGGGGAAUAUUUUGUACAGAGCCCUUUCGAAUACCAUUUGCUGGAAAGGUUGAUAUUUGUUGUUUCGAUAAAACAGGAACAUUGACAUCAGAUGACAUGGAGUUUCGAGGAGUAGUUGGUGUGAGUGAUAAGGAGGAUUUGGAAACUGACAUGACUAGUGUGUCUUUGCGCACAGUUGAAAUUCUGGCUUCUUGCCAUGCAUUGGUGUUUGUGGACAACAAGUUGGUGGGGGAUCCUCUUGAAAAGGCUGCACUCAAGGGAGUUGAUUGGGCUUACAAAUCUGAUGAGAAAGCGAUUCCCAGAAAGGGAAGUGGGCACGCUGUCCAGAUUGUUCAGAGGCACCACUUUGCUUCACAUUUGAAGAGAAUGGCAGUUGUUGUACGCCUUCAAGAGGAAUUUCUUGCAUUUGUGAAGGUUAGUGAAGCUAGAGCCCUGGAUAGGGACGUGGUGGAGAAUGACCUUACAUUUGCAGGUUUUGCGGUGUUCAAUUGUCCAAUUAGAGCAGAUUCGGCGACAAUAUUAUCUGAGCUUAAAGGAUCAUCCCAUGACUUGGUAAUGAUUACUGGUGACCAAGCUUUAACAGCAUGCCACGUAGCUAGCCAAGUUCAUAUUACCUCAAAGCAGAUUUUAAUUCUCAAUUCAAAGAAGGGAACUGAGGAGUAUGAAUGGCUCUCCCCAGAUGAGUUACAGACAGUUCCCUACAGAGAGAAAGAGGUGGGAGAUUUGUCAGAGAUGUAUGAUCUGUGUAUUGGAGGUGACUGCAUCGAAAUGCUACAUCGCACCUUCACUGUGCUGGAUGUUAUUCCAUACGUUAAGGUUUUUGCAAGAGUUGCUCCUGAGCAGAAAGAACUCAUAUUGACCACUUUUAAAACAGUAGGAAGAAUGACGUUGAUGUGUGGGGAUGGAACGAACGAUGUUGGUGCUUUGAAACAGGCCCAUGUAGGAAUUGCUCUCCUGAACGCUGUCCCUCCUCAAAGUGGCAACUCUUCUUCAGAAGCAUCUAAAGAUGACGCUGCUCGGUCUGCAAAGUCGAAGAAAUCUAAGCUUUCAUCCGAAGCAUCAGGAAAACCACUUCUAGCUGGAGAAGGUUCUUCAAAAAGCAAAGGUAGUGCAAAACUGGAUUCUGCUACUGAGCAAGCUAGUAACCGUGCACGGACACCUGCCGAGAUGCAAAGACAGAAGCUAAAGAAACUUAUGGAUGAGUUAAAUGAAGAGGGUGAUGGGCGCUCCGCCCCUAUUGUCAAGCUUGGAGAUGCAUCCAUGGCAUCACCAUUCACAGCAAAGCAUGCUUCUGUUGCCCCGACUACGGACAUUAUUCGCCAAGGUCGAAGUACUCUGGUGACAACUCUUCAGAUGUUUAAAAUACUCGGUCUCAACUGCCUCGCUACCGCCUAUGUACUCAGUGUUAUGUAUUUGGACGGUGUCAAGCUAGGCGAUGUUCAAGCGACCAUCAGUGGAGUAUUCACAGCAGCCUUCUUUCUGUUCAUCUCACAUGCGCGCCCCCUUCCAACACUUUCAGCUGAACGCCCCCAUCCACACAUCUUUUGUUCUUAUGUUCUCCUUUCUCUGUUAGGCCAAUUUGCAAUCCACUUAUUUUUCUUGAUGUCUUCAGUGAAAGAAGCCGAAAAGCACAUGCCUGAUGAAUGUAUAGAGCCAGAUUCAGACUUUCAUCCCAACUUGGUUAACACAGUUUCAUACAUGGUAAGCAUGAUGCUUCAGGUGGCAACCUUUGCUGUAAACUACAUGGGUCAUCCCUUCAACCAGAGCGUAUCCGAAAACAAGCCAUUCCUAUACGCUCUCUUGGCUGCGGUUGGUUUCUUCACCGUCAUUACCUCGGAUUUGUUCAGAGAUCUCAAUGACUGGCUGAAACUCGUUCCACUGCCUGCGGGAUUGAGGGAUAAGCUUCUAGCUUGGGCACUUCUUAUGUUCUUGUGCUGUUACUCCUGGGAAAGACUAUUGAGAUGGAUGUUCCCAGGUAAAAUCCCGGCAUGGCGAAAGCGACAACGACUGGCGGCUGCGAAUCUGGAGAAGAAGAAACAGCUGUGAGUGAAUUUUUUUUUGUAGUAGAAUGGGAUUGAGCCCAUGUAUUGUAGCAAUAGAAAGAAGGAUAUGAUGAUUUAUAUUUGCCACUGAGGCCUUACUAAGUGGUGGAAUUUUGUCAAAAUUUCUUAUAAAAUUUAGGUGUAGACUCUGUUUAUGGGUAGUCUUAAACUGACAACUUUUGGUUGGAA